AUGACCAUGACGUUGGACACUUCCCAGCAGCAGCGGUUCGCCCCUCCGUUGAACUUCGACUACGGGGCGCACGCACAACCGCCAGCAUUCUCAAACCCUUGGUCCUCUGCUUCCUCGCCUCCGCAGUCGGCCGCCACCUCUGGAAACCCUCUCUUCGUUCACGGCCAGCAGCCGCCUGCCUUGAGCCACCACAGCAUGAUGGCCGCAAAGCCUCCACCAGGCCGUGCCAGCACCAGCAGCGCCUCUUCCAUGGCCUCCUAUGGAUCGAUGCCCGUACCUACCAGUUCCUCAGACAUCAUGAGCCUGAGCAGAAUGCAGACCACGUCCGCAGCGUACGGUGAUCCUUCAUACACUACUUCAGCGUCGCCCGUCAGUGGUCACUUCGCGCCCACGUCGGCUCCGCCCUACGAGGCGAUGGGCUACGCGCCGGCACCAGCCCGCCAACACUUUAGCCUGGGCCCUGAGCCUGACACUGCCCGACGAUACUCCCAUCACCAAAGCAUACCUGCCCCCGAUGAUCGAAGGAGCUUCGCGGAUGCCCUCGAUGCCAGCCAUGGCAUGCUCGCUAUGAGCCAGGAAACCCCUCGAAACAUCUACGGCAGCCGCAAUGACCGGUCGUCCGUUGACUCGUAUCCCUUCCCGUCUACGCACUCGACAAGCUCCUCCAUCUCGUCAAGCGGCAAUUUCAGUUCCUACUACGGCGAUUCGGUGUCAGAUUAUUCGACCGCCGGGUCUGACAUUGAGUCCGUCAACUCGCGAACCCUGCCACGACCCCAAGGCCUGAUGGGUUCCCAAAUUCCGCCGGCGCCCCAGUCCAUGAUGGGCCAGUUCAGCUCCAAGGUUUCGUCGAGCACGCAGAAGAAGCACAAGUGCAAAGUUUGCGACAAGCGCUUCACUCGCCCUAGUUCUCUCCAGACGCAUAUGUAUAGCCACACUGGCGAAAAGCCCUUCGCAUGCGAGGUUGAGGGGUGCGGUCGUCAUUUCUCAGUUGUGUCCAACCUCAGGCGCCAUCGCAAGGUGCACCGCGGGGACGCUCGAUCGGAAGCAGGCUCCGAGGACCACCAGUCGGAUUAA